AACUAACUACUUUCUUCUGUCCUGAGUGGAGAUUGGUUUUGGCUGAGGCCACUUUGUGAAACUCGGGGGCAUGAUCCUGUCUGCCAACUCGAUGUCUCAGUUAGAGUUUCCUGUAAAGGCAAGGCCGUGGGGUUGCCGGACGGAAGAAGAUCGGUCCUGCUUUUUCAACACAGUUGCAGUUCUUUCCAAGAUCAUGAUUCUGGAAGGAAGUGGUGUAAUGAAUCUCAACCCCAGCAACAGUCUCCUCCACCAGCAGCCAGCCUGGACAGACAGCUACCCCACGUGCAACGUUUCCAGCGGGUUUUUUGGAGGCCAGUGGCAUGAAAUCCAUCCUCAGUACUGGACCAAGUACCAGGUGUGGGAGUGGCUCCAGCACCUCCUGGACACCAACCAGCUGGAUGCCAGCUGCAUCCCUUUCCAGGAGUUCGAUGUCAAUGGCGAGCACCUCUGCAGCAUGAGUCUGCAGGAGUUCACACGGGCGGCGGGGACGGCGGGUCAGCUUCUCUACAGCAACCUGCAGCAUCUCAAGUGGAAUGGCCAGUGCAGCAGCGACCUGUUCCAGUCCACACACAAUGUCAUUGUCAAGACAGAACAAACUGACCCUUCCAUCAUGAACACAUGGAAAGAAGAAAACUAUUUAUAUGGCAUCAACUAUGGUAGCACAGUAGAUCUGUUGGACAGCAAGACGUUCUGUCGGGCCCAGAUCUCCAUGACAAGCACGGGUCACCUUCCUGUCGGUAAGUGUCCUGAUAUCGGGGCUGAGGGUGCCUCCUGCAAGUGCUUACUGAGAAUUCAUGAGAAUUACAACACCCUGCGUUUCUACUUUGCAGGAGUCUUUCUUGUUAAAAGACUAGGAAAGGAAGGGAGUUACUUUUUUUAA